CCGCGCCCCUCCUUCGCCGUCGCUGCCGCCGGACUUUUUCCAGCCGCCGCCGCCGCCGCUGCCGCUGCUUCACGGGCUGGAAGGCCCGGCUCCCCGGGGCGAACGGGGGCUGCGGGUGGGAGCCUUCGCGGGCGCUGCGGAGCGGGCCGGGGGAGGCCGGGAUGGAGCCCCUCGGAGUGGACUGACGCGAGCAGCGCGAGCGAACGGGUUCCGAGCCUCCCGGCGGGAUCCAUACGCCUUCUGAAGCUGCAGACGGAUGGUCUGAGGGUAGCGCGGCCAUGGCUCACCUCAGGGGAUUUGCCAACCAGCAUUCUCGAGUGGACCCUGAAGAACUCUUCACCAAGCUCGACCGCAUUGGCAAGGGCUCAUUCGGGGAGGUGUACAAGGGCAUCGACAACCACACCAAGGAGGUGGUGGCCAUCAAGAUCAUCGACCUGGAAGAGGCCGAGGAUGAGAUUGAGGAUAUCCAGCAGGAGAUCACCGUGCUCAGCCAAUGUGACAGCCCCUACAUCACCCGUUACUUUGGCUCCUACCUGAAGAGCACCAAGCUAUGGAUCAUCAUGGAGUACCUGGGUGGCGGCUCCGCACUGGACCUGCUUAAACCGGGCCCCCUGGAGGAGACCUACAUCGCCACGAUCCUGCGGGAGAUUCUGAAGGGCCUGGAUUAUCUGCACUCUGAACGCAAGAUCCACCGAGACAUCAAAGCUGCCAACGUGCUGCUCUCAGAGCAGGGUGAUGUGAAGCUGGCGGACUUCGGGGUGGCGGGGCAGCUCACGGACACACAGAUCAAGAGGAACACAUUCGUGGGCACCCCCUUCUGGAUGGCACCUGAGGUCAUCAAGCAGUCCGCCUACGACUUCAAGGCUGACAUCUGGUCCUUGGGGAUCACGGCCAUUGAACUGGCCAAAGGGGAGCCACCGAACUCUGACCUUCACCCCAUGCGAGUAUUGUUCCUGAUUCCCAAGAACAGCCCACCCACGCUGGAGGGCCACCACAGCAAGCCUUUUAAGGAGUUUGUGGAGGCCUGCCUCAACAAGGACCCCCGAUUUCGGCCCACUGCCAAGGAGCUGCUGAAGCACAAGUUUAUCACGCGCUACACCAAGAAGACCUCUUUCCUCACGGAGCUCAUUGACCGCUACAAGCGCUGGAAGUCAGAGGGGCAUGGCGAGGAAUCCAGCUCUGAGGAUUCUGACAUCGAUGGCGAGGCUGAGGACGGGGAGCAGGGCCCCAUCUGGACGUUCCCCCCCACCAUCCGGCCGAGUCCACACAGCAAGCUGCACAAGGGGACAGCCCUGCAUGGCUCACAGAAGCCUGCAGAGCCUGUCAAGAGGCAGCCGAGGUCCCAGUGCCUGUCUACACUGGUCCGGCCGGUCUUCGGAGAGCUCAAAGAGAAGCACAAGCAGAGUGGUGGGAGUGUGGGGGCACUGGAGGAGCUGGAGAACGCCUUCAGCCUGGCUGAGGAGUCCUGCCCUGGCAUCUCGGACAAACUGAUGGUGCACCUGGUAGAGCGAGUGCAGAGGUUUUCACACAACAGAAACCACCUGACAUCAACCCGCUGAAGCAUGCUGCUGUUCAUGGAGAAGGGACAGAAGGUCCUUUGUUUUUGUUAUGAGCUCCGUAAGAACUGUGCUGACUUGGAAGGCGCCUCAUGCUGUGUCGUGCCCGCAGGACACGUCAGAGCCCACAGGCUUCGUGUGCCAGGUCACAGUCUCCUUCUACCCUGGCAGUAUGCUGUUCUGCACAUUUGGGGGACGCCUCCAUACAUCUGUUUCCACCUUCCCCUCCUGGCCCAGCCGAAGCCAUGCCCAGCAGCAGAGCCCAUGGAUGGCCCUGCAGCCACUCGGCAGCUGGCGUGGUCCUGUUUCUCAAGUGUCCCCUAGGAGUUAGGCCUGGCCCUUCUGUGGACUCACACGGCCCUAUGGCUGCCCAGACCAGGGAGCAGAGCAACUGUCAGGGUAGCUCUCUCUUCUUCCCUCACAAGGCCAGGGCAGGUGACAGGGCAGCCCCAGAGGAGCAGCCCAGCUUGUCCUCCCCCACCUAGCUGCUGUCCUCCAGGCCUAUGAUGGCUGUAGAUUUGCCUUGUGGUGUUGGAUCAGGUACUGUGUCUGCUCAUAAGUACUUGUGUCAUCCAGAAUGUUUUGUUUUUUAAGAAAAUCAAACUUGUUUGCUUAAAUAUUCUGAGGUUAAGGUGUUAGUGUUCAUAGAACAUUGAGAGGCCCUGCGACGUUCAAUAAAGACCUGAAUUGGA